AUGGAAGAACAGGUGUUCAAGGGGGACCCGGACACCCCUCAUUCCAUCUCCUUCUCGGGCAGCGGCUUCCUCUCCUUCUACCAGGCUGGGGCCGUGGAUGCCCUGCGGGACCUGGCCCCGCGGAUGCUGGACACGGCCCAUCGCUUCGCGGGGACGUCGGCGGGCGCGGUGAUCGCUGCCCUGGUCAUCUGCGGGAUUGAGAUGGAUGAGUACCUCAGAGUCCUCAACGUGGGUGUGGCCGAGGUGAAGAAAUCCUUCCUGGGGCCCCUGGCCCCCUCCUGCAAGAUGGUGCAGAUGAUGCGGCAGUUUCUGUACCAGGCCCUGCCCGAGGACUCCUACAAGGCAGCCACCGGGAGGCUGCACGUGAGCCUCACCCGGUUCACCGAUGGAGAGAGCGUUGUGGUUUCAGAGUUCACGUCCAAAGAAGAGCUCAUUGAGGCCCUGUACUGCAGCUGCUUUGUGCCCGUGUACUGUGGUCUCAUCCCUCCCACUUACCGCGGAGUGCGGUACAUCGACGGGGGCUUCACGGGCAUGCAGCCCUGCUCCUUCUGGACCGACGCCAUCACCAUCUCCACCUUCAGCGGGCAGCAGGACAUCUGUCCCCGGGACUGCCCUGCCAUCUUCCACGACUUCCGCAUGUUCAACUGCUCCUUCCAGUUCUCCCUGGAGAACAUCGCCAGGAUGACCCAUGCCCUGUUCCCCCCAGACCUGAUGGUGCUACACAAUUACUACUACCGAGGGUACGAAGAUGCCGUUUUGUACUUGAGGCGGCUGAAUGCCGCUUACCUUAAUUCUCCCUCCAGGAGAGUGAUUUUCCCCCGGGUAGAAGUGUACUGCCAGAUAGAACUCGCUCUUGGCGACGAGUGUCCUGAACACAGUAAACCAAGCCUCCCACCAGAGCAGGCCAGUCUGGAAGAAUCCGAUGGCCAAGGUCCACUUGUGUCCCCACCUGUACAGACACCUGAAUCCACACGUGAGUGGCCUGUAAAGUCACCUGUUUCACCACCUGUCUCUUCAUUUGAGGAGUCACCUGCGUCGCCACUGGCCUCUCCAUUGUCACGUUCUCCAACUGACUCGCCACCUAUAUCACUCCCAGCUGUCCCCUCACCGCCCAGCUCAGCACUGGGUCUAUCACCCAUGUCACCACAGCAGCAGGUACAACUGACUGGAUCCCUACCCGAAUCCCCACCCUCCCAGUCAUCUCUGUUGCUCAGGCCGCCCCUGGGGCCUCCAGCUGGGAGGACACCUCAAACGUCGCCUCAGUGUUCUUCAUCACCUGCACAGCCACCCGUGGAGGAACUGGGCUCAGGGCAGCCCCAAGGUAUGGACCUUCUUGCCUCUUUGAACCCCCAAAGCGCAGCGCCUCUGGUGAGCGUGAAGGAAGCCAGCAGCCAGCAGGACGCCCCGGCGAGCCCUGCUGAAGACUCCAACUGGGUGAACAAGGUUUUCAAGAAGAACAAACCAAAGACAAGUGGCACCAGGAAAGGCUUCCCAAGACAUCUGCGAUCCAAAAAGCCAGGCAGCAAAGCGCAGUCUGCUCCCUGCCCACUCUACUUCUCUGUGCUCUCCACUUCUAAGACUGUUUGGGUCACCUACAGGCCUCAUCCCAGCGGGAUCCAGGAAUGCAGCUGCCCUGAGGAAGCUGUGAGCCGAGAGAGAAAACUGGAGCUGGACCAGGAGAGAACCUGACGACCCCAGGCCGAGCCGUCUCCCCACUGUUCU